GGAGCCUGUCACCCUCCCGCCUGCCUGCAGUGCCUCCAUUACCGCUUGUUCAAGGAGUGGAGAGGAGGCAUUUGGGGACUCCCGCCCUCAUACACCCCCCAUUUUGAGGACUGGGUGGAGCUGGGAGGGCCCAGUGGCCAAGAGGGGAGAGGAAGAGGGGAGGGAGGAAGGGUAGGCGGGGCCCCUCCUUGGUGGCCUCUUGCCUGGGCGGGGAGGCCCCAGCCCACUCGGCUCCUGGACCGCGGCAGAGGCAGCAGCAGCACCUGGACCAUGGCAGAGGACGGGCCGAAGCAGCCACAGAUCAGCAUGCCGCUGGUCCUGGAUGAGGCCCUGACCAAGCAGAUGCGGCUGCGCGUGGAGAGCCUGAAGCAGCGCGGGGAGAAGCGCCAGGACGGGGAGAAGCUGCUGCGGCCGGCGGAGUUCGUGUACCGCCUCGACUUCAUCCAGCAGCAGAAGCUGCAGUUUGAGCGCUGGGACGUCCUGCUGGACAAGCCGGGCAAGGUCACCAUCACGGGCACCUCCCAGAACUGGACGCCCGACCUCACCAACCUCAUGACGCGCCAGCUGCUGGAGCCCGCGGCCAUCUUCUGGCGCAUGGAAGGCUCGGAUGCGGUGGAUUGGAACGAGGCCGACGCCCUGGAGUUCGGGGAGCGCCUGUCGGAACUGGCCAAGAUCCGCAAGGUCAUGUACUUCCUCAUCACCUUCGGCGAGGGCAUGGAGCCCGCCAACCUCAAGGCCUCCGUGGUCUUUAACCAGCUCUGAGGCAGCUGCCCACUGCUGCCCCCUGCUCUCGCCCAUCUGCCCUGCCCCCUGCCCCCGCCCCCAGGUGUGUAUUUGGGGACCUGUUUCUAGUUGCUGUCCUGUGCUCAGCGUGGCCGGGACCCC